AUGGCAGUUAUUUAUGGGAAAAUGAUAGAUUACCUUACUCUCAUUCAAAACCAUAAUAUUUCCGAAGAUGAAUUUUCUUACCAAAUUAGCAAGUACUCCUUGUAUUUAAUAUAUAUUGCAAUCAGUACAUUUGUUGCUACCUAUAUUUACAUGGCAACCUGGGUAUACACUGGAGAAAGAUAUAAUAGUAUAGAAGAUAUGAGUGAAAUUACUACUCGCAUUGUAAAUGAUACUUAUUUAAUUCAAGAUGGCAUCAGUGAAAAGGCUUCUCUUUCAUUUCAAGUGAAAAAUAAAUUUAGUUAUUUGUUGUUUGAUUUUAUUGAUCGAAUUACAAGUGCCAUAAUAAAUAAAUUUAUUGCUAUUUUUGCUAAACGAAGUUUGGACAAUUAUUCUUUAGCAGAAAAAAUUGCAGAGGAAUCAAUCAUUAGAACUACCAUGGCAUUUGGUAUUCAAGAGAAAUUAUCAAACAUUUAUGAUAAUUAUUUAGUAAAUGCAAAAAAUGAAGGAAUUAAAAAGUCAAUAUUACAAGAAGUUAAAUUAAUUCGAGCUAACACUUUAUUUAAGGUGAUAAAUGCUUUUUUUCCUGUGAUUAUUGGAGCAUUCUCUCUUGCAAAUGUUGCACCAGAUUUACAGGCUUUUGCGAUUGCAGUUGGAAAUAUUGGUCUUGUUCUACCGAUCGAUUCUGCCUCACCAAAUGGUGAAAUUCCUGCCCAUGUUGAAGGCCAUAUUCAGUUUAAAAAUGUUUCAUUCAGUUAUCCUUCUAGGCCUAAUGUUAAAGUUUUAGAUAAUAUCUUAUUGGACAUUAAAUCUGGGACAUCUGUUGCUAUUGUUGGUGCUUCUGGUUCAGGAAAGAUUAAUAAUGUUGCACAUGGAUUAAUUGGCUCAAUAUAUGAAAGCAUGUCUGACGAGGAAAAAUAUAAAAUGAUUAAAAAUGCUUGUGAAAUAUCUAAUGCUGACGAAUUUAUCGUAAGACUUCCUAAUCAGUAUGAAACGAUGGUUGGUGAGGGUGAAAUACUCUUGCCUAGAGGUCAAAAACAACAUAUCGCUAUUGCUCGUGCUAUUGUAAAAGAUUCAAAAAUACUAUUGCUAGAUGAAGCUACUAGUGCUCUUGGUUCUAUAAGUGAAAAAAUUGUUCAAAACGCAUUGAAUAAAACCUCUAAAAAUAGAACUGAGUUAAAAAUAUUUGUUUUGAAAGCUGAAGCUGACAUUUAG